AUGGUGGAAGCUAAUCUGCGAAGUACGCCUACCCAUGCGUUAAAUAUAGCUGCAUGUCUAUGGGUCAUUUGGCUUGCGAGGAACGAGAGGGUCUGGAACGACACUGUAUGGCCCCUUUCGAAGCUUCGAAACGACGCUAAGGAUCUGGUCACGCUUUGGACUGAGGUUUAUGUCAAGCCAAGUUCUCGCAACAGCAGGCAUCUUACGCAUCCUGCUCAAUUUUCGACGGGACGAUCGGAGUUCGUGUUACACUGCAACGUGGAUGCGGCUAUGGCGGAGAAUGUUGUAGGCUACGGAGCAGUCAUUCGUGACUAUGCCGGACAAUUCGUUGCUGCAUGCAGUGCUAACCUUUCUUGUGAGCCAAUUCCGUAUUUGGCAGAGUCGUUGGCGGUGAGAGAAAUGCUACUGUGGCUUAAGAGCAGGUCCAUCCAGGAGGUUUUAAUCGAGUCCGAUUGCCAAUCCUUUUGCACGAGUUUUAAUUCCCAGUUAUUAGAUUUGUCAUAUGUUGGAUUAAUUGUAAAGCAAUGUCAAUCCAUUGCUAGGGAUAUGGGGAACGUUCGCGUUCGUCAUGUUCGUAGGUCAGGGAACCAUGUAGCCCACGCGUUGGCAAGGGCGACUGUUUCGUUAUCUGUCCUCGGUGUGUGGAAUGACCACCCGCCUCAUUGUAUUGCGCAUUUGUUUUAA